AUGUCUGUGUCAACAUUACAGCGGGAUACUGCUUUCCAGGUCCGAUCUUUGUUUCGUUCCUUACUCCGUCAAUCGACCCAAUUCUCCAGCUUCAACUUCCGCGAGUAUGCCCGCCGAAGAACAAAGGAUGCUUUCCGAGAGCACCAGAAAGAAACGGAGGACCGGCGGAUACAGGAGCUCAUUCAAGAUGGGUUGCAGAACUUGCGGAUGAUGAAGAGGCAAACUAUUAUUAGUCAGUUUUAUCAACUGGAUAAACUGGUUGUAGAGGGUCAAAAGAUGGGAAAGCAAACUGGAGAAGGUGAUAUUGUUCGUCAGAAGGAUACUGGGACUGGCCAAAUUGACCAUGAUGUUUUUGAAGGCCUUCCCGUCCGACGAUGGACGCGCCAGUCCCAGACUAUAUCCCAGGUGCCCAAGAUGGAGGAUUCCGAUUCGAUAGUGCAAGGACCUGGUGGAAAGCAGUCAAUUCCCGAGCACCCAAUGCCAAGGGACAGUCAUCUUUUGACUCCGAUGAGUCGGGCUUUGCUACGUGCAGCUCGCGCUGGAUGCGUUUAUAUUCGCCCAGCAUCGAAAGACCCUGGAGACGAAGAGAAAGAAGUUACGGAUGUGGAUGAUCAGCCGCUAAUACAAAGCACAGAGCGCAGCUUUGUUGCCCGCAAAUGGUCUACGGUUCCUAAACACUUAGAGUCUAUGGAAGUUGAGUUUCUCGCCAAACGACGUCCGGGUUUGUCAUCUCUGUACGGCGCAGCCGCUACAGGUGCAGACGGCACCAGUAAUACUGUUCCAAUGCGGAGAACUCGCUUCCAGAAGGUCGACCCUGCCACGGGGAAUAUCUCUAUCUACGAAGCCUGGGUACCAGAAGGUCACAAAAUUGAAGGCGAAGUUACUGAUGAGGCCAAAUUGGUAGCCGAUAACGACAAGGUGACCAUAACUCCUGAAGCGCCAGCACCUGGAACAGUGAUCGAAGGUGUCGGUGUGGUCAAUGCCGAAGGCGUGGUUGUCGCGGAGGCAGGGUCGGUGUCAGUCAUGACUCCUCCGAAAAGGCGGCCACCACCUCCAAAGCGGAAGGCUAAGGGCUUUGGAAAGGGAAGGAGGAAGAAGGUCAUGUUUGCCCCCGGUGAUGGGGCCGAUUCCACAUUGGUACAUGGCUCCGGUUCUAGUGCUGCAGAUGGCGCCACCGGAACAGGUCGUGUCAAGGAGGGAGACACAGAUGCGUCAAGGUUGUCGGUGGACCAAUCGGGCCAAGAUGAUGAGGAUGAAGAUGGCGAGGAAGGUGAAGAGAGUGAGGAUGGGGAGGGUGAUGAGUCUAUGCCUGAUGCGAAGACUCCAGAAACCCCAGGGCCACAGGGUAGUGCAGAGCCAGAGCCAACCAAUGCUUCUACUCCCGAGCCUCCGUCAAUCGAACCGACUGCUGUGCCAACAGCAACACCCACAGAAACAACAGCCCCUGCAACUGUGGUUCCAGAACCUCCCUCGGAGAUACCUUCGCAGGCCCCAACAGUAUCGACAAUUUUACCUGCCCCUGAAAUCCCCUCACUAGAACAUCCCGAAUUGUCAGCUUCGGCUGCUCCUGAGAAGCCGGCCCAAGAAGCAGAACCUGCGGAAGAUGUUGAGAUGACAGAUGAUCAACCCCAGGCACCAGUCGCAGAUGACACUAAUCAGCCUGCUCCAGCGAACUUUGAAGCCUCUGAGCCGCCUGUUACAAUGCCGCAUACGGAAAUAUCGACGGUUUCUGAGCCUAUCCAACUGCCAGAGGUGGAAAAUGCUGAUCAAACGUUCCCUACUGAGAAGGAGCCGUUGGAUGUAAUAAUGACGGAACAGAGCGAGCCUGUCACACAAAAGCCUGUCCAGAUGACAGACGUCGUUAUAGAAACGUCCAUGGGUCCUGCGCAGGAACCUGAACCUGAAAAUGUACGGGAUGAACAUGAGCCAAAACAACCAGAUGCCCAGCCAGAAGUCCAGCCAGGUGCCCAACCAGCCGAACAAAAGACAGAUGGCAGCGAUAUUGACCUCCUGGGCAGCUUGGAGGCCAGUUUGGGCAACAUUGCCGAUCAAGGACAGGUGGAAGAGCAAAGUGUGCCACAACCCGAGAAGCAAGCAGAUGCUCAGGAUGAGAAAGUCCAGCUGGAGGAAGAAGUUGUUCAUGUCAAAAGAGCUGACACGACUAUGCCAGAGGAGCAAAUAGUAGAGUCUAUAAUGCAAACAACCGAUGAGGCUGAUCAACCAUCUGCAACACAAGGUGUAGAACUGGUUAUUGAACAACAUUCAGACAAACCUACUGAACAAGCUGUUGAGGGACAUGUCGAAGUACAGGCUGCACAGCUAUCGUUAGAACAGAUGGCAGAGCCAACCGUUCAGGGCCAUACAUCCCAGCCUGCAGAGCAGAAUAUCGAGCUUACUCCGGUGGCGGAACAACCCGCCGAACAAGCUGAAGAGCAGGAGCAAGAGAAGGGUGAGGAGCCUAAGUCUCCGGUUGCAGAACCAAUCCCACAACCAAACCCAGCACAAGAAACAGGCUCUACUGCUGAACGGACUGUCGCUCCAACCGCAGAUCGAUUUACUGAGGGACUACCGUCUACGGAGGAGCUAAAAGAGCGAUCUACCGAAGCACAGACAGUUGAAACACAGCCCAGACAGUCCUUCGAGCUGCGAACACAGCAAGCAGACGAACAGGCCAAUAUUCAGUCAGAAGAUCCAGCUCCUCAAACAGUUGAAACACAGCCAGAACAGCUCCCGGAGCUGCCAACACGGCAAGCAGAUGAACAAGCCAAUAUUCAGUCAGAAGAUCCAGCUCCCCAGACAGUUGAAAAGCAGCCCGAACAGCCUUUGGAGCUGCCAACACAGCAAGCAAACGAACAGGUCAAUAUUCAGUCAGAAGAUCCAGCUACCCAGACAGACAUACCAGCAGAAAUCCCACAUCAAGAGCAGUUGGAUUCUCAACCAUCCAAAGAUCCUUUCCCGCCUGCGCCAACUGUAACGGAAGAGGCCUCACCAAGUCCGGACGAAACUGAUGAACACGCACCUGGCGGGUCUACUCCGUCAAACCUAGCUCCUAUCCCAGAACCUAUCCCAGAGCAGCAACAGCAGAAUCAACAAGAGCCAACACCAGAAGCCAAGGAGGAAGGGGCCAGAGAGGCAACAAUGGCUCUAGAUCCUGCCCCAGCUACGGCUCCUGAUACGGUUCUGGAUACAGCUCCGGUCCCUGCUCCCGAUACGGCACCGGCAGGAAAUGACAUGGCCUAA